AAAUUCUCCACAUUCGAUUGGCUGUAAGGACUUUCUUUAGCGGAAGUAAACCGGUAAACCAAGGCGGGAAACUACAUACAGCUUCCGGAUAUAAACAGCAGUGAGGUUCGAUGCCUGAACUUUUUAGUAAAUACUUUCACGUUGUGUCAAACAGGAGAGAGAAAUUCGUUCCGUUCUUCAGAAUCAUGCAGGCGUUUUUGAAAGGAACAACCGUCCAGACAACGAGACCUCAGAAAGACAAGAGUGGACCCAGCAUCGAGAAAAAAGCCAAACUCGUUCCAUGGGUUGAGAAAUAUAGGCCAAAGCGUGUGGAUGAAGUUGCCUUUCAGGAGGAAGUUGUAGCAGUGCUGAGGAAGUCACUGGAAGGAGCGGAUCUCCCAAAUCUGCUCUUCUACGGUCCACCCGGGACAGGAAAGACGUCGACCAUAUUAGCUGCUGCGAGAGAACUUUACGGGCCAGAGCUGUACAAGCAGAGGGUGCUGGAGCUCAAUGCCUCAGAUGAAAGAGGAAUUCAGGUCAUCAGGGAAAAGGUCAAAACCUUUGCUCAGCUCACCGUCGCCGGGUCUCGGCCCGAUGGGAAGCCAUGUCCUCCUUUCAAGAUCAUCAUCCUGGACGAGGCCGACUCCAUGACGGCGCCAGCUCAGGCUGCUCUCAGGAGGACCAUGGAGAAGGAGUCGCGCACCACACGCUUCUGUCUCAUUUGUAACUACAUCAGCAGGAUCAUUGAACCCUUGACUUCCAGAUGUUCCAAGUUUCGUUUUAAACUCCUUGCGAGUCAGGUGCAAGAGGAGCGGCUGCUGGAGAUCUGCGAGAAGGAGAAACUCAAGUACACAAAAGAGAGCAUAUCGGCGUUGGUGACCGUGUCAGAGGGAGACCUGCGGAAAGCCAUCACCUUCCUCCAGAGCGCUGCCCGUCUCAAUGUGGACAAUGAGAUAACGGAAGCUUCUGUCAUUGAAAUAGCUGGGGUUGUUCCUACCAAGAUGAUUGACGGUUUACUUCAUGUCUGCUUCCAUGGGACGUUUGAGAAACUUGAGGUUGAAGUCAGGAACAUGGUGGAUGAAGGCUACGCAGCCACGCAGAUCCUGAGUCAACUUCAUGACUGCAUCUUGGAACAGGACUUGAGUGACAAGCACAAGUCUGCUAUUACUGAAAAAAUGGCGGUGGUGGACAAAUGCCUGUCGGAUGGAGCGGAUGAGUACCUGCAGUUGCUGAGUCUAUGUUCAUUAAUCAUGCAACAAGCCCCCCAGAACAACUGACUGUGUAGCACUACCGAGCAGAACCUUCAUUAGCCAAAAAGGACCAAAUCCUGUGUUGUUGACUUCCCGUUUGUUUUGAUGAUGAGCUUUUGUCAAACCGCCCAUUGACCGUGUCUGUUUGUUUUUAGUUACUUCAUAACAUAGCUGACAAUCCCAUCUUUUAAUGCAUCACUUAUAAAAUCCUGCCACAUUUACUGUAAGAGUACAUACACAACAAUUAUUGACAUGUAAUUCAUGAAUGCACCAAGGAGCUGGGAUGUAGUGGUAUGCAAUCCAAUACCAACUACAUAAAAUAAGAAAUAAGGAUGUAUUGAUUUGAGUAUAAGUACUUAAGUGUCGAAAGUAACAGUACAUGGAAAAGUAAAGGUUGUUCAAUAGUAGUAGUAUUAUAAUACUGCAUUAUUAUAAUACUGCAAUACAAUACAUGUAAAAUUAACUACUUUCACGUACCAUUCCGAUAUUAGCGCCUUGUUUGGAGCACAAAAUACGUUUAAUGUGAAUGUGUAACAACUAGUCGACUAAAAGUACGUCAACAAAAUGUAUAUUUCUUUAAAUGGUCAACACAAUACAGUACAAGUUUAACGUGAAUGUGUAAUAAUAACAUUCAUUGCACCUUUUUCCGAGUAGCAUAUAACUUCCUGUUUACCCUGGCGCCCCACACAAACAACCAAUCACAUUCGGCUUUCUUCUGCUGUGCCCUGAUUGGCGGCCGGCAUCGUAGUACCUCAUUCAGCCAUUGGCUGUCGAAACAAAACGAAAAGCAACGAGUCGCGCUGGAAAUGCAUCGGAAUCCUUUUCUUUAGAAGUUAUAGUCACGUUAAAGUCUGAGCUAACCAGAAUAAUGACUUACAAAACGGCAUAAGUAUAAAGACAAUACUGAUGAAAAUACAUAAAUGUACAUACUCGGCGGCUGCGCAGUGACAGGCGCUACAAGGUCACGACUGAACAGGGAAAUCAGUUCAAAUGCUGAUAUUGUCGAUAUAAGGAAAAUAUCAGUUUCGGAUCGAUGCUGAUGAAAUCGAUAUUUUUCUGUUCUCACAAAUGU